GGCAAGCAAUCGUUCGGCUUCGACACACCGUCAUGUUGGCCCCACAGCAAGAAGUCGAAGUUGACGUACGCAAGGAAGACCAGGACCGUAUCAAUGAAUUCGGCCGCAACAACUCCCGUCUCGCAGAUCUUCGUGAUGAAUUGAAGGCGCUCAAGGAAAAACUGGAAACCCUGGACGAUGCGAACACGGAAAUCAUGAUGGGUGCUGGUGACAAUGUCCAGCUGUUCAUCGGAGAAUCGUUUGUUGAAGUCUCGGAAGAAGAUGCCCAAGAGUACUUGGAAGCGCAGACAGACAAAGCGAACGCCGUUGUCUCCAAGCUCAAUGCCGAGGAAUCCAAGUUGGAAGCGCGUCAAGACGCCCUGAAGAAGGUGUUGUAUGCUCGCUUUGGCACGAGUAUCAACUUGGAAGACAAAUAAUCUCCGAUAUCAACAAAUAGUAUAUCCCAUGAUUUACCAUUAUGUUUAUCCAUCAAGUUACGAGACCCA